UGUGUUGUUGACGCGUCGGUGCGAGUGGUCAGAGUUACUCUGCUCCUGCUCUCCUCCUGGCUACUGCCUCUCAUACACGUCCCUCGUCCCUCCUGGCCUGGCUCCUGCGUCUCCUUCAGCCCUCCAGUUGAUAUAAUUCGUGUCCACUGCCGCCAAAUGUGUUGAAAAUUUGUCAUUUUGGCAAUACUGUGCGACCUGAUGAGAGCGGCUCCUGGUGUGACGAGCAGAGAGCAUGUUUCAGAGUUUAUAAUAUAAUCGAAAUUAAAAGUGUCAGGUUAACAAUGUGAAAUUUAGUGAAAUAAAUUAGCAUAUUUGAUUAAACCGAUGCUUUAGAAUAUUAUGAGGAAUACAAGGCGGUGUGUAUUUGAAGGAGAGGCUGUAUAAGUACAAUAGCGAUCUGCCAGGUAAUGCCGUUAGUGGCCAGGUGACCCCCUCACCGGCUGAAGUCCCUCUCCCACAGCAGCAGCAGCAUCAGCAGCCUAGACCGUCUCCCCGGCGUGGCUGAGGAAGUGCCUCCAGGGGCGGGUCUGCCCCCCACUGUUGUCAGGCACGGUAAACUUUACCAGAGUCUGGCCCUGGUUCCUGACGUGUUUGUAUACAGUUUCGCCAUUGAGAGUUACCAACGUUGCUUUUAUCGUGUUUAACGUGAUGCUGGAACUAAAAUUUGGUUGAGUGAAAGUUUUGUCCUAGAAUGUGAACUACUGCGAAAGUGCUUAACAAUAUUUCAACAACUCUUGAUACCUAGACUGUUUACGGUUUAUAAGCUUGAGAAACCAUCAUGGCCAAGCGAGGUCGUCGACAUCCUCGCAAGCGGACACACUCCGCCGGUAAUGGCGGCUCAAAGAUCAAAAGUCACGCACCGAGGACUGAGGAUAAGAUACUUUCUAAGUGUGAGAAUGAAACGAGCUUUACAUUGAGCAGCCAGGCCGCCGGGGACCGGGAGAGCGGAAGUCGAAGACAGACGGAGCGUGGUUCAGAAGCCUCGACGCCCUUGGCUAAGGGGAAGGGCAAUUGUCACAAUGGUUCACCGGCUCGUAGGUUCCCAUCACUUAAGGUCAGCCUCGCCACUGUCACUAGCGAUUCUUCAUCCAUUGAUGAUGUCUCCAUGUCCAGCUUCGAUUUAACUCCUUCUAGUGCUACUCCCUCUUGUAGGACGCCUUAUCUGGACACGUGUUCGCCCGAGUGUGGUUCUCGAACAGAAAGAUCUCUCUUGAGAACACCUUCCAUAAAAACCCAGUCGUUUAGCAUCUCUUCAUUAGAUAACUCAUUUGAUGUCCCCUCUCUGGACUGUGAGUAUGCGGACUCCUCUUCGUGUGCUACUCCCAGCUCCUCCGACGCGGUUCCUCUGGUAGGAAGACCAUAUCUUCUGGCGUCACCCAGUGUGUGUUCGUCGGACGACAGCAGAGCCAGCUCUAGGACUAAGAGGAGACGUCGGAACAGAAAGAACAAGAAGUUGAAGAUGCGAGAAGAGCAGACAACAGGGAAUAGUGAUCAGUUAAGUGGUAAGAAUGACUCGAUUACCGGUGUUGACACGCCCAAUCAAACGCAUUGUGGAGAACCAGGUAAUAGCAGUACCACGGUGGCAGACUUGUGUCAGGAGCUAAAUACAAUGGACCUUGAGAGUACACCUUGUACUGUUAAUACAAUAAUGUUGGCCAAAUUGCAAGAGAAACGCAAGUUAAACGAUGUUGUACAUAAAUCACACGUGAAUUCGAGGGAAAGAGAAAUAUCAGGUAAAAUUACUAACGAUAGCUUCUUGGGAAAGAAUGAGGAGGUGGUUUGUCUGGGUAAAGACUCGACUCUGGAGACGAUGGGUGAAGCAGACACACUCACCUUGGGUAAGGAUACAGCAGUGUGCGAAGGGACGAAGAGUACAGUGAAUGUGAUUAGCAUCGAACUGGAAGGCGAGUUGCGAUACGAAGGUGACAGUUUUGAAUUAAAUAACAGUAAGAAUUUAAAUUUCAUGAAGAAAGACGUCAGCGGACUAACGAAAGCGCUGAAGACCAGGGUGGACAUGAUAGCAAAUCAAUUACUCGAAAAUACUACUCAUCAGAUGAACAUCCAUAAGCACGAUGACCGUGUACCUGUGAGGGAGAACGGCAGUAUGGCUGAAUUGGGCGGUAAUAGAGUUGAGAUCGCAACACUUGAAGGUAGUAAUGACUCACCAGAUGGCUUUGACGGUGCACCAGCAGAAGGCGAAUAUUGUAAGCCACUUGCAGCUCGGCAGGGGGUCCUCAGGCACCUCACGACAGAUACACCCGUCGCCAAACAUUUUAAUGUUAAGGACAUUGAGGAAAAUGGUGUACGAGAGACUCGUACAGACGAAGGUAGUGUGUGUUAUACAGACGUAGUUAAGAGAGAGAUUCGUGCAGAGGAAUUGAAUGAAAAUAACGAGGAAAAUAUAACGCACAAAAGGGAAAGUGAUGAAGGUUGCCCUCCGCAGGAAGGUCAGUGUGUGUGUCAUGGAGAGGAAGAUGGCGGUGGCAGCAAUGGAGAGGGUAGCGACGGUGAUGGUGGCGGUCAUGAAAGCGGCGCCGACGGCCAUAGAGAAAGUGGCGGCGGCGACGGCCAUAGAGAAAGUGGCGGCGGCGACGGCCAUAGAGAAAGUGGCGGCGGCGGCGACGGCCAUAGAGAAAGUGGCGGCGGCGACGGCCAUAGAGAAAGUGGCGGCGGCGACGGCCAUAGAGAAAGUGGCGGCGGCGACGGCCAUAGAGAAAGUGGCGGCGGCGACGGCCAUAGAGAAAGUGGCGGCGGCGACGGCCAUAGAGAAAGUGGCGGCGGCGACGGCCAUAGAGAAAGUGGCGGCGGCGACGGCCAUAGAGAAAAUGGCGACGGCCAUAGAGAAAGUGGCGGCGCCGGCCAUAGAGAAAGUGGAGGCGGCGACGACAGAAACGACGGCGACGGCCAUGGAGAGGAAGGUGGUGAAGAGGACGGGGAGAAGGGAAGUGAUACAGCCAGCCCCAACACGGAAGAGGACGAGAGCGAGAAUGAGGAAGAGACCCGCGAGGAGGAAGAUGUUUCAGGGGACCAAAUGAGAACUAAUAUAGAACCCCGUGAUGGCAGUUCUGAAGUCUGCGAGGCCAAUAUCAUACGAGCGGCCACCAGUGUGUGCAGCGCUGUUGACCAAACACCAACGGUAGAACAAUCAUCCGUCAUGGACGAUAACUUGGAGAUGUUACUAAACAGUUUUAAAGAUCUGAAGAUGGUUGACAGAACAGAAUCACUGCACGAAAGCAACCAGAGCAUAGUUAAUUUCCAGCUUAACGAUCCAAAAGACUCCUUUAACGACAUUCAAGAAGAUAUAGUUAGCGAUUGUUUGGCUAAGGAACAUGAGGUAAACGUGUGUGACAUAGAUGUGAAUGGUAAAGUCAUCAGCCAACCAAGUGACGGGAAGUAUGACACAAUCUCUGACGCGCACACAUUGGACUCGUCUAAAGCAUUUCAAGACGUCGGCGUCUUGAAGGUAGAGGAUAAGGGGCAAAAGGACUUGUUUAAUUUAGAAACGAGAGAUGAGGAUAGUGACUUUGUCGCCCUUGGAGAAGGGCGCGUUGAAGGUAUGGUCAAUAAGGACUGCCUGGAGUCUGCCGUUGGCGCACCUGUGGAGUCUGCCGUUGGCGCACCUGUGGAGUCUGCCGUUGGCGCACCUGUGGAGUCUGCCGUUGGCGCACCUGUGGAGUCUGCCGUUGGCGCACCUGUGGAGUCUGCCGUUGGCGCACCUGUGGAGUCUGCCGUUGGCGCACCUGUGGAGUCUGCCGUUGGCGCACCUGUGGAGUCUGCCGUUGGCGCACCUGUGGAGUCUGCCGUUGGCGCACCUGUGGAGUCUGCCGUUGGCGCACCUGUGGAGUCUGCCGUUGGCGCACCUGUGGAGUCUGCCGUUGGCGCACCUGUGGAGUCUGCCGUUGGCGCACCUGUGGAGUCUGCCGUUGGCGCACCUGUGGAGUCUGCCGUUGGCGCACCUGUGGAGUCUGCCGUUGGCGCACCUGUGGAGUCUGCCGUUGGCGCACCUGUGGAGUCUGCCGUUGGCGCACCUGUGGAGUCUGCCGUUGGCGCACCUGUGGAGUCUGCCGCACCUGUGGAGUCUGCCGCACCUGUGGAGUCUGCCGCACCUGUGGAGUCUGCCGCACCUGUGGAGUCUGCCGCACCUGUGGAGUCUGCCGCACCUGUGGAGUCUGCCGCACCUGUGGAGUCUGCCGCACCUGUGGAGUCUGCCGCACCUGUGGAGUCUGCCGCACCUGUGGAGUCUGCCGCACCUGUGGAGUCUGCCGCACCUGUGGAGUCUGCCGCACCUGUGGAGUCUGCCGCACCUGUGGAGUCUGCCGCACCUGUGGAGUCUGCCGCACCUGUGGAGUCUGCCGCACCUGUGGAGUCUGCCGCACCUGUGGAGUCUGCCGCACCUGUGGAGUCUGCCGCACCUGUGGAGUCUGCCGCACCUGUGGAGUCUGCCGCACCUGUGGAGUCUGCCGCACCUGUGGAGUCUGCCGCACCUGUGGAGUCUGCCGCACCUGUGGAGUCUGCCGCACCGGUGGAGUCUGCCGCACCGGUGGAGUCUGCCGCACCGGUGGAGUCUGCCGCACCGGUGGAGUCUGCCGCACCGGUGGAGUCUGCCGCACCGGUGGAGUCUGCCGCACCGGUGGAGUCUGCCGCACCGGUGGAGUCUGCCGCGGUGAAGGGUGGCCUAAGCAUGACUGGGAGUGUUACGGCUGCCUCUGCCAGAACAAACGCCAGCGCUGCUGAGGAAAAAGUUGAUGCAGCAUUGGCUGAACUUGACAGCAUUCCAGACGGAGUUUGUGAAUCUGGGGACGUAGAGGAGGAAGAGGACGACGAAGAGGGGUGGUCUUACUUUCAUAUGGAACCCCAGACACGGCCACAGAGUGAAGACGUUUUGGUUCAUGGCAGUUCUGCAGCUGUUGUGCAGUCAAGUAAAAACAUCACUGAAACAAUUGAUCAGGAUAUUGUAAAUGCCUCAAGUGAGGAUCACUUGCAACUGACAGAGGGUGAGCUGGUUGACAGUGUUGAACAAUCCACGGAACUGUUUCCGGAAUUGAAGGACCAAUCUGAAGACCAGUUUGGAAACUUUGUACGAGAACAGGCUCAAGAGACACCAAAAGAUUUUACAAUUGAUUAUCCGGAGAACGAAAUGAACAGCCAAUUAAUGGAUAGCUUCCAGUUCCAGCCAAAGGAACAGUCUUCACCUAUGGAAGCUGAUCAGCCACCUGUAGUGGCUAAUGCUGCAGACUUCCUUCAAACUAGUAUUGAGAAGCCAUUUGACUUUGACAUAAGUUCUGAUAAAGCGACCUUGAUGGAAACGUCUCUCGACAAAAUUCCUGAUGUAGUGGGUAGCAAUGUUGAACCUAGUAGUCCUCAUGGUUCAAUUAGCCCUCAUGUUCCAGGAAGCCCUAGGUCUGUGGAAGGUUACAUCACAUCUGUGGAGUUGAAUACUGCUGAAGAAAGCUUUGGACAAAACUUUGCUAUUAAUCAGUCACAAGAUUUGUUAAUAGGAGCAGUGGACCAACCGUCUGGUGCAUUUAGUGUGUAUGUGAGCUCCUCCCCAGAACCAGCUAGCUUAGAUCCAUCUCUCCAAACGCCAAUAGAUCUUGGUAAUGUAUUAGAGGGAGUGACCAAUGGAACUUUAGAGGGAGACUUCAAAGUACCUGAACCAGAUCUCUCACCAGUAGAAAUUGUUCAUGCUCAAUCCACAGUUGAGGUGGUUGCACCUCCAUCACCUGUAGAUAUCAAGGAACAAGAAGUACAGUUUAUUGUUCCUAACCCAGUCUCGGAGUCUCCUACUUCACCACAGUUGUUCUCUGACCUUGGUCAGUCUUCAGACAUUACUUUUAUUCCUGAACCUGUUGUGGAACCUGUAGCAGAGGUGCCAGUUCCCGUUUACAUAGAAGGAAAUACACCUGUUUCUGAGGGUGAAAUGGAAAUGCACCCUGAUAGCUUGGCAGAGGAGCCAAAUGUAGAAGAAAUGGGGUCUGAAGAGGAAAUACCUGAAAUUGCAGAAACUGUGUGUGAACCUGACACACAGUUUUCAACAAGCCAGGCACAAGACUCUUCGGAGCCCUCUAAGGAUCAAGUCGAGCCUGAAGCAGAUGUUAUCAAAUCUCCAGUCGAGCCUGAAGCAGACGUUGACAUCAAAUCUCCAGUCGAGCCCGAAGCAGACGUUGACAUCAAAUCUCCAGUCGAGCCUGAAGCAGACGUUGACAUCAAAUCUCCAGUCGAGCCUGAAGCAGAUGUUGAAAUCAAAUCUCCAGUUGAGCCUGAAGCAGAUGUUGAAAUCAAAUCUCCAGUUGAGCCUGAAGCAGAUAUUGAAAUCAAAUCUCCAGUCGAGCCUGAAGCAGUUGUUGAAAUCAAAUCUCCAGUCGAGCCUGAAGCAGUUGUUGAAAUCAAAUCUCCAGUCGAGCCUGAAGCAGUUGUUGAAAUCAAAUCUCCAGUCGAGCCUGAAGUAGAUGUUGCAAUUAAAUUGCCAACUCUAUUAUCAGUUGAAAAUGAAGCAAAAUCCCAACCUGAUUCUGAGACGGUUAAUGUUGAUGUGAAUGGCACACCUGCAGACAUUGGUGUUGGUUCUGUUAUUAAUGAUAUUGUUGAAGAUGUCCUGCCUGCUGUUGAAGAGAAAAAAUUGGAAAUGCCUAAGGUGGAUGCUGCAGUGACCAAAGCUUCCAUAAAGACUGAUAAAACACCAGUGAAAGGCACUCCAUCUAAGACUUCUGCUAAACCUACUCCUGGGAAAGUCACCCCAGCUAAACCUACCAGUAAAUCUACCCCAACUAGAACUCCAUCUACAAAGGCUUCUCCACUUACCAAGACAGCCGAAAGGAAGUCUCCUGUCACUAAAACUCUAGCAGCUGUGCCAGGCAAGCCUGCAAUUGAGAAGAGCAGUUCUACUAAACUAGCACCUACAAAACCAGCCCAGACAAAACCUGCAACGGCAAAGCCAACGACAACGACGACUGCUGCAAGACCUUCCUCGACAAAGCCUAUUCAAAGAACUGCCACUCCUAGGUUAUCCACCACAUCGUCACUAUCCACUAAAACAGAGAGGAAAAUUACUCCUAAACCUCCUACCCCAACAGCACCAAGAGCUUCAUUAAGCAAGCCUAGUGCUUCUGCAAGUAAGCCUGCACCUGCACGUCCUACCCCAACUACCAGAACGAUUACAAAGAGGCCAGUCACUGCUCCUAGUAAGAGUACAGACAAGCCAGACAGUAGCAAAGAGGCAGACGGCACUAUUAGAAAAACUACUACUCGACCAACUUCUGCUCCCCGCACCACCACCACCACCACAUCUGCAUCUCGUAAAGUAAUGCCGGCGUCUGCUAGGUCAGCUGCCGAGAAAGAAACAAAAAAUACCACAAAUCGCAUUCUUUCUACAUCAGCAGCAAAGCCUGCUCCAAGACCUACACCAGGAAUGACAAAACCACCUUUAAGCAAAACCUCAACUACAGCAGCACGCUCUACAUUGGCUACUAAUACCAGAACUACUACUAAAGUUAAUGGAACAUCUACUACCAGCAAAGCUAAAACUACUACAAUGGUCAAGUCUUCUGCAACAAAAUCUUCUGGUGUUGCCACGAAGAGAACUAUGGUCAGCAAAACCAAAACUACAACCACAGGAGAGAAGGUAGUUUCUGAAAAAACUGAUAAGGCAGAAGUCAUAGGAGCCAUUCAGCCUGUUGUAAAUGGGGAAAACAAGAUUGCCGAUGAAGAAACUAGUGUGGAGGUGAUUGAUAAGUGUGCGGUGGAAGAUAUAAUGCAAGCCUCAACGGAGAAGGUAUUCACUCAGAGCUCGCUCACUAUGACCACCUCUGAACAGGUGGUAACCACCACAGACACAACCGAAGUGAUAGUGAAUGGAGAUCAUUGAGAUGGUGACUAAGGAAAAUGCAUAGAAUGAAAUAUUAUAUUGUUACCAUUUUAAACUUUUGCAUUUUCAGUCUUGGGGUCCAAGAGUGUCCAAUUUUACCUAGUUGGUGUACUAGUCUGAUUUUUCCAGUGACAAUGAAUAGUCGGGCUGAUGGUGGAAAAGUAUGGAUAUGUUUGGAUCCUAGCUUGUGUAUAGUCACCUUACUGCUAAUGUUAGGAGCUGAUAUUCUUGCUUCACUAAUAAAUGUACAGUACUUGAUUAUAAAAAAAAGUGGUAAGGAUUUAUCUUGCAUAUAGUGAAAGAAUAUUAGUUACUUUUCACUUUUAGUUAAGAUUGCAAAAAAAAGUUAUUCAGUUACUGAUUUAAGAUGAUUCAGAAAUUUAUUUUGCUUAAGUGCAUGAUGUCCAUAAUUAUAGACAAGAUGCAGUUUAAGCAAGUUUCCAAACUGGAUUGCACGGUAAGAUUUGCAGAAACGAAAUAGAGCUUUAAGUUGAAAGUACUGUAAUAAAAACUUGUAAAUAGCUGGCAGAUAUUCCUGAGGUGCUAGUUCUCCUGUGUUGCAUUCCGGUAUUACCACUGCUUGUGAACUGUUGUACUUUGGAUCCCUUCCCUCCCCCACCUACCCUGGCUUGUGUUUAGUCUAAUAAUGGCACCCAUUUACACACACAAUUAUAUAUAUUAUAAUUUAUACAUAAUAUAUAUAUAUAUAUAAUUCUAUAAAUGUAAUUAUAUAUAUAAUAUAAUUAUAUAUUAUAUGAUUAUAUACAAUAUAUAUAUGAUUACCAGUGUGAAGCUUUGUCACUGGUUGGGGAAAUGGAUGUGAUCAGUGUGGAGAAAAGGCAACAAAAGUGAUGCUGCUGCUGAUGUUAAAAAAGUGCCUUUAUCCCAAACUUCUCCAUUCCAUAUUAGUGCUGGAAAAUUAUUCUGAAUAUAUAAAGAAUUUAUCCCCCAGGCAUUAUUUAUUUAUAUAAUCAGUUUUUAAUGAUUUUUAUUAAGACAUUGAAAUAAAACAAAAUUCCUAUUAGGUAUAUUCUGUGCAUUGUCCAAGAUGAGUAUUGUAUAUUUUGUUAGUUUGCUUCUUGUCAUAUUAAAUGUCAUUGGUUUCGCACAAGCCUCUGUAAAGUGUACUGAUUAUUGUAUUGAAAUAAAGAUAAAUAUAUUAA